CUGAGUCUGAGUCCCAGUCGGACCCCAUCAAAAUACAAAUCCAGACUUGUUGGAUUAAGUGUUUUAAGUAAACUAGCUCACAUGGUCUCUUCUGUACGGCCUUCUUUUCAUUACUUCUAUUCUUCUUCUUCUCUCUGAAACUGAAAACUCUUAACCUUUACCAACUCAUUUAUUGCCCUUUCACUGUCCCUUUUUUCUCAGGUUUCAAGAUUUCAAGAUUUGACCAUUUUGCUGUCAGUUUUUUAAGUGUUUUUAUUGCUUGUUGAUUAGUUAGGCUUCUGUUUGGAUCUAUGAGCAUAGAGCUUCAAAGGGUAUCCAAUUCAUAUCAAAGGUGAAUUUGAAGGAUUUUUGGAUAUUGUAAGUUCGUAAUGGUUGAGGAGAUGAAUUUGACUACUGAGUUUCGGUGGUUUUUAUGAAAACCAACUUGCUGUAGAGACCAAUUAUUAAGAGGUUCAUAGUGAGAGCGUUACUUUUAUCGUUCCCUUUUGGUGCAAGAAAAAGCAGGCAAGAUGAUAAACAAGCCACUCGUUUUGACGUAUUUGUACUUGUUGAUCUACAUCUUGCUUUCAUCAGGAGUUAUAUUGUACAACAAGUGGGUUCUUUCUCCAAAAUACUUCAAUUUUCCAUUACCUAUAACACUUACCAUGAUUCAUAUGGGGUUUUCUGGACUUGUAGCAUUUUUUCUUGUUCGUGUGUUUAAGGUUGUUUCUCCUGUUAAAAUGACAUUUGAAAUAUAUGCAACAUGUGUGAUACCAAUCAGUGCCUUCUUUGCAUCAAGUCUUUGGUUUGGUAACACUGCUUACUUGCACAUUUCGGUUGCCUUCAUCCAGAUGCUCAAAGCUCUAAUGCCAGUGGCAACAUUUAUCAUGGCUGUUUUGUGUGGUACUGAUAAAGCAAGGUUGGAUGUGUUCUUGAACAUGGUGCUGGUCAGUGUUGGAGUCGUCAUUUCCUCAUAUGGGGAAAUUCAUUUUAAUAUAGUUGGCACACUUUACCAGGUCACUGGCAUCUUUGCAGAAGCUCUUAGGCUGGUAUUAACUCAAGUCCUCUUACAAAAGAAGGGCUUGACUCUAAAUCCUAUCACCAGCUUAUAUUACAUAGCUCCAUGCAGUUUUGUGUUUCUUUUUGUGCCUUGGUACUUACUGGAGCAGCCCGUGAUGGAAGUUUCACAGAUUCAGUUCAAUUUCUGGAUCUUCUUCUCCAAUGCUCUCUGUGCUUUGGCGUUGAACUUCUCCAUAUUCUUAGUGAUUGGUCGAACGGGAGCAGUUACCAUAAGGGUUGCCGGUGUUCUUAAAGAUUGGAUACUGAUAGCGCUUUCAACUGUUAUAUUUCCAGAAUCCAUGAUAACUGGACUAAAUAUAAUUGGCUAUGCAAUUGCAUUAUGUGGUGUUGUCAUGUACAACUACAUAAAGGUUAAGGAUACCCGUGCGUCUCAACUGCCUCCUGAGAGUCUUCCAGAGAGAAUGGCAAAGGAUUGGAAGUUGGAGAAGAAGUCAUCCGAUAUAUACAAUCCGAAUAACAGCAAUGACAACAAUGGAGGGAAUAAUUCUACCUCUGAAUCCAAAUUGGAUGAAGAAGCACCUCUAAUUGCAUCAUCAAGGUUGUCACAUAUUGGUCGCACACAGGUUAGCAAGUAGCAACCAUGCUGCAUGAUCUGUGAGCCAAGUAUAUAGAUCUGAUGUUAGAGGUUCUUCCAUGAGCAGCCAAAAUUUGAGUAUACAUUCAAGGAAAGAUAUUUGUUUUAGUGAAUGAAUCUUCACGUUCACGGUGAAGGAGCAUUUUUAUGAUAAACACUCAGUUUUAUAGCAUGCGCCCGCAAGAUUUUCCGGCUGGGGUAAAUGGUAGCUUAGAACCCAUAAUUGGGCGAAUAAGCUUACAGUUACAUAGUCAAGGCUAUUGAUUUUGAAAGUACUCUUUUUUUUUUUUUUUGGAGCAAGAAUUUAAAUCUAGUAAUUGAUAGGUAUUUACAAGUUAAACUAGAAUCAUAGUUGUCGACAACAUUUGUUUUGUACUCUUAAAAAAUCUGUUGGCUAUUGUAUUCAUUGAUAUUUUAUCUGUCAAUUUCCAGAUAGCUA